AUGAUUUCAUCAAUCUAUCAACAAGCAUCAACAGUAUUUCUCCUCAACAUUCUCAUCUCAUAUCCGACUCCAACACACACAGCUUCAGGCAACAGCCUGAAUUCUCCAGCAGGUUCUAACAACCUAGGGAUGACUUACCCUGCGCCUAAUGGGAAAUGGCCUAACAUAUACACAGCGGAACCAAUGGUUCCAGAAAUCUGGAAGAAAUACAAUGUAUCUGGGUAUUUAGACACCUAUCCAGGAGGUAAAGAGUUGAAUGUAGCCGACUUAACCAGACAAAAUUCAAUUUACAAUUUCGAUUGUAGAGUUUUUCAAGGAUGUCAUAUUGGUCAGAUUGGUCUCCCAGUACCUGGUCCGCUGUAUUAUCCUUUGUUAUCAUUGGAGAAUUAUAGUAAAUUUCAAGCUUCGACUAUAAAGGCAGCAGGAUUUGCUGCAAAUAUGGUACAAAGUCAGGCAUUGGUCAUUUCUGAAUACAUCUAUCUAUCUAUCGUCAGCUUUGAACACCCUACUGAGAUUGAUGUUGAUGGUUUUGUCAUUCUAGCUAUCUCUUCUCAGCUUGCAAUUGACCUCUAUAAAUAUGGAGACAAUGGCGCCAAAAAAUGGUUUCAAGUUGCAAAGAUUUUCAACAUCCUCCUAGCUGUCACCGCAUCAGUUGCAGCAGUGACUAUGCUGGUCGUCACUGCUGGUAGUGGUGCUGUUCUUUCUUCAAUGUUGGUCGCAGGUGCAGUUUCUUUAGUGGUCGCAGGAUCAAAUAUAGCAGGUCAAAGAGCUCUAGAUGCAAGAAAAUCAGAUGCCUUCAGUAGAUGGGCAGAUUAUACUACGAUGGUCGGUCAAUGGCAAGAAUGGACUACGAAAAAUGCUAAUGAUCAACUGGACGCGAUCUUGAAAGCUGGGAUCGGUACCCCAGAAGGUUUACUCGGUCGUUUUCAAGAUGGUCAAUUUCUUUUUGACCGACAACCGCAAUCUACGGUGGAAAUCGAGCAGCGGAUGACUGAGAUAAUGACGGCUAGGUUGAUCAACCAUAUCUUGAAUAUGAUACCCAGUAAUUGCUGGGGUGGUGGACCAGAUGGAGCACUGAGGCUAGAAGACGGAUGGUUAAGCCAUUGUACCAAAGACGGCGUGAUGCGAAACAUCAUUGGAGCCGGUCCUGGAUCAAAAGCGAUAAAUAAUUUAUACAAUGCUGGAGCGAUUGUAACAAAGUACAAGAUCAGUGUUGAGUAUAUGGUUCAACAAUCUAUUGAUUGCCAGAAUAAAUAUGGCAUCGGCCACGAUCCUUAUGACAAUGGAUAUUUAUGGUUUUUUGGGGGUGCGGGUACAUCAGGAAUGUUCCAUUGGGUAUGGAUUCUGAGUGUAUUUUCAAUCUACCAGUAUGCUAUGUUGCAGCAGACAAUGGCUUUAAUAUUCACUGCCUUUUCAACCCACGGCAUGAGUUUACUGAACGGUACUUGGGCAAGACAACUUCUUGAACAGAGGCUUGCUGUACCAUGUGAGGACCCAUUAUCAUGA